AAAAUGUUAAAAGUAAAGGUGCAGCCCAGCGGUAUUUUUACCUCACAUUGCAUAUGAAAUUAUGGGUUCAAAUCCCAUAACUCACAGUCACACUUUAAUUUUUUUUCUUUCUGGUUUCUACAUUACUGUUUAUCACGAACAGUUUUCCACUUUUCCCCCAAAUUCUAAAACCCUAACUCCCUUAAACUCCUAAUCCCCUAAAUCUCGCCAAUCGCCAGCCGCCGCCGCCCGUCGGCCACCUUUAGUCCGUGACUCCGUGAUGCAUUCCGCCUUUAGUCGUCCUUCACCGGCCAUCUUCGUUCAAUCAAUCAGUCCGUGACACUUCAGUCCUUCACCAUACCGCAAUCGCAUACGGCACUUCGAUCAAUCGGCUCACGGCAGCACGACCUCUACCAGUCGACCUGGUGUCUGUAUGGUGGAUGCUAAAAAGACGCCUGCCCAAGUCUGCGGCCCAGAUCUGGAAGGAUCAGCUUGAGAAGAAGAGGGCCCAACUGGCGGCUAAGAAUGCCAGGGAGGGGAGCAUACACGUUCCACGAUUCAUCUCCAAAAUGCUCAAGCGAAAUGCUGAUGAGCUUGGCAAAACCCCUUCCAAAGUGAGGAAGGUAAAUCCAACUCAGACGGCUUCAUCCCUGCCGCCUGUACAAAACAGACCAACAACCGGAAGCAAAAGUCCGGAAGGUCUGAAAGUGCUCAGUCAUCUGGCAGGCAACAAGACGGACGUCCCUAGGACGUCGAAGAGUGGCAAGCCACUCGGUGCUGCAGCCGGUUCUAUAACAACUAUGGGUGAAAUCGAACUCCCAUGACCGCUUGAGCAUAUGCAAGUCAAAUCUCAAGCUACCCAAUCGGGAGAUUCGUCAGGCAGGCAGCCGGCACAAUAUAGGUGCCACUUAUGCUGCUUUCUCACCACAUCCUUCUUCUGGUGCAGAUCUCUCUCAAAGGUGGCUUGACCUCUAGCAGUACUCCAAACGAAUGUUGAGGACCCUCACCCGAUCCGAGAAAGACCAAGUUCUCGAGCUGCAACAGGUUAACUUUGACCGCAUCCUCGCCUUGCUGGCUGAGGCGAUGCUGAGGGUGGAUGGGCUCAAAGUCCUGUUUAGAAAGAAGCAGGAGGAACUGAUUAAGGAGCUCACGGCUGCUGUUAAAACGACUAAUAACAAGGUGUCUGAUCUUGAACUUGAGCUCAAGAAUGCCAAGUCAAACCUCAAGGCAUUGGAGGAGGCAUUAGAGGGGGAUGAACAAGAGAAUACCAAGCUUAGGGAAGACAUCAGCCGGCUCCAAGUUGAGAUGGUGCAGAUGCAAAGUGACUACAAGGCUGAGCUUGCAAAGGAGCAAGAUCGGCUGGUCCCGGAGAAUGAGAGAGAUUGCGAGGAGCGCAUGAAAAUGGCAUGGCAGCUCAUUCAUCCGAACACCGACUGGGAGUUCUUCAACUUGAGAUAUCAGUAUGCCACUGAGGUGUACGAUGCCCAGACCCUAGGUCUGGCGGCGCCGACUCCGUUCAAGGAGUGGGCUGGCAUCGUCUCUGAUGAAGAGGAAGAGGAUCUGCAGGAUGAACAGGCCUCGGUUGCCUCUAACCAUGUUUAACAAGGUGAAACUGAAGGCGAGCUCCCCUCCGGCCAAGACCGGCCGGUGCCCCCGCAGCAGCAGAGUCAGAAGGAUUAGAUUUUUCUCUCGGCCAAGAGCCGUUUGUAUUUCCGGCAUGUGAGCCGAGUAUUUGUAUGUAAUUUCAACAACCUUUAUUUCUCGGAUGUGGAUCCAGUUUAACAAUCACUCUCCCGGCCUUUUGGUCGUACUUUAUUUUAUGAAAUUGCCGACUGAGUCGGUUUUGUUGAUUUUGCUUCAA